AAGAGAUCUUUUAAAUUGUUCUCAUCCUCACAAACUCUUUAUUCGUUUGCUGAUCGCAUAACGAAACGGUAGUAGUUGAAGAAGUCGUUUUUUUUAAAUUAUAAACUAAUUAUCAACUAUGUUGAUUCGAGCUUUACUUCUGGUGUUAGGAGUUAUUUUAUUAACACACGCAGACGAUAAUGUAGAUGAAGCAAUUAAUGCUGCACUUGAUAGUAAGAACAAUGCUGUAGCAGAUGAAACACCAAAACCAUGCAAUAAUGGUAACGGUGAGUGUGUGCCAUACUAUCUUUGUAAAGAAGGAAAGAUCAAUACGGACGGGUCUGAUCUUUUAGAUAUUCGUUUUAAUGAAGAAAACGAAUGUAUUGAUUAUUUCGAGCAAUGCUGCGAUACGGGCGAUGUAAAGACUGAUCCAAUAGUAAAUGUGACAACGAAGCCUAUUGGAGGGCAAGGUUGUGGUCUUAGAAAUGCUGAAGGUGUAGGUUUUAGAAUUACUGGUAAUAAUGAUGGCGAAUCUGAAUACGGAGAAUUCCCAUGGAUGUUAGCAAUUCUCAAAGAAGAAGUAGCAGCAGAGCAAGUCCUUAAUGUUUAUCAAUGUGGCGGAAGCUUAAUAACUCCAAACGUUGUUCUAACAGCUGCUCAUUGUGUGGACGGAAAAGCCCCGAAUGUUUUAAAAGUUCGUGCUGGUGAAUGGGAUACUCAGACAAAGAAUGAGCUAUUCCCUCAUUCAGAUCAUUCAGUUAUUGACGUGGUUAUUCAUGAAAAAUACUAUAAAGGAGGUCUUCAUAACGAUAUAGCAUUACUUUUUCUUAAAGAAAGCAUUCCACUUGCGGAACAUAUUAACACUAUCUGCUUACCACCUCAAGGUCAAGUUUUUGAUAGAAAACGAUGCUUUGCUUCAGGUUGGGGAAAGGAUGUUUUUGGAAAAGAAGGAAAAUAUCAAGCCAUUCUCAAGAAAAUCGAUAUUCCAACUGUUCCAUUUGCUCAAUGUCAAGAUUACUUGAGGAGCACGCGUUUGGGAAAGAGAUUUAUCUUGCACGACAGUUUCAUGUGCGCUGGUGGAGAAGCAGGAAAAGAUGCAUGCAAAGGAGAUGGAGGAAGUCCACUUGUUUGUCCAGUUGACGGAAAAGCUGGACAUUAUUAUCAAGCUGGUAUAGUAGCAUGGGGUAAGAAAUCUAGUUUACAUAACAACCGAAGCAUCAUAUCAUUUUUAUUUUUAACGAUAUUUUCUUUUAUAAAUUUAUUCAAUGUUUAGGAAUUGGAUGUGGAGAAACAAAUGUUCCUGGCGUCUAUGUAAAUGUUGCUAAAUUCCGUACCUGGAUCGACCAGAAGAUUUCAGCAAAAAGUUUGCCAACAACUGCUUAUAAUAUCUAAUCUGGUUUCUAUUGAGUAAAUUUUACAUUUGAGUUUUCAGAACAUUUGUUUAUUUCUAGCGUUUCAUUUUUUUUUAAUCAUAACGGCAAAACCCAAUUUCUUACUGUUAUGAAUGCCCGACAUUUUUUAAAUUUAUUGUUUUUACUAUACAUGUUCAAAUAAAGUUUGAUAUGUUUAAUUUUCGU